GCCCAUGGUGCAGGGAUAGCUGCCGUCUUCAGUCAACCCAAAGCUCUCCAAAGAGAAGGCUGGCUCUAGACAGUUUUCUCAUUCUGUGAAUAUUCAUUUUAAGCAACCUUACUGAAAUGGGACAAUUUGGAAACCUUAUUUCAUGUGCCAAAGAGGAGAUCUGCCCGAAUACUGACUGUUAUCCUGAACUGACGUUCCCAAACAACCUGAUUUCUUCUAUGGCUGAUUUUUGCAUCAAAAAGAAUUCUGUUCUGGAUGGAAAAAUCCUGCUUCUGAAGGAAAUGGACCCCUUAAAUCCCAGUGGGAGUUGUCAUGUGCUGAAGAGGACUGCACUUUCCUGGGACAGCUACUGAAGGAGCUGCAGCUUUUGCCAGACAUCUGGUUCUGCCCUAUUGCAGGGAAACAUGUGAACCUAAAAUUCUAUAACUGAGUACUCCAGACCAUAUUGUAUGUUGUCCUGAUGAAAAUAACUUGUCUAUUGCAUGAGAGCAGGCCAGUAGAGAUCCAGCAGGAAAAGUGAAGUUCAAAUUGGUUCUCUUCUCACAGCUGAAUUUUCAGCAGUCAGUCAGGCUUAAUUCCUGUCACACAUCCCUACCCUUGAGGGAUUUACUUUAGUUUUUGUUUCCAAGUUAAAAAAAAAAAAAAAAUCACUCAACUUCUCUUUAUAGAGUUACAGGACUGUAAUGUUGAAGUCUAGUAACUGAAUGCAGAAAGAAAUAGCCCUCGUAGAAGUAAAACCAAAAGAAAUAAAACAACAGAACAAACCAAAAAACCCCAAAGAGCUUUGCAGUGCCUUGCAACGUUCUGCUCUCCUGUCUUCCAGGAACUACAUGAACGACAGCCUGAGAACAGAUGUCUUUGUGAGGUUCCAGCCAGAAAGCAUUGCCUGUGCAUGCAUUUACCUGGCAGCCAGGACUCUGGAGAUCCCGCUUCCCAAUCGCCCGCACUGGUUCUUGCUGUUCGGAGCGACGGAGGAGGAAAUCCAGGAGAUCUGCUUAAAAAUUUUGCAGCUCUACACACGGAAAAAGGUGGAUUUGUCUGAUCUGGAAAGUAAAAUAGAAAAGAAGAAAUUAGCUAUUGAAGAGGCAAAAGCACAAGCUAAAGGUCUGGUACCUGAGGGAGUCCCGAGUUUGGAUAACACAUCAGGAUUUUCCCCUGCCCCGAAAAAUGAGUCUCCAAAGGAGGUUAAAGGAAAUAAACCUUCCCCACUACCUGUCCAGGCAAUGAAGAAUGCUAAAAGGAAAACAGAGGGAGCCAAAAGAACGAGCUCCAAUAGCCCAGUAAAUGGUGUCCAGAAAGGGAGGGAGAGCAGAAGUCGGAGUGGGAGCAGAGAUCAGAGUUACUCCAGAUCAGCCUCGAGAUCUGCAUCCCCUAAGCACAGGAAAAGCGAGAGUUACUCCACCUCCAGCGGCUCCAAAUCCCACAGCCGCUCCCGGAGCCGCAGCGACUCCCCCCCGCGCCAGUUCAACCACAGCUCGGGCUACAAAGGCUCCAAGGUGAGGAGCUACAAGAAAUCCAAAGACUACAAAUACUCCACACACAAACCCCGCAAAUCCCGCAGCCGCAGCUCGUCCCGCUCCCGCAGCCGCUCCCGGGAGCGCUCCGACCACUCCGGCAAGUACAAGAAGAAGAGCCACUACUACCGGAACCACCGGCACGAGCGCUCCCGCUCCUACGAGCGCGCCGGGCACCGCUACGAGCGCGAGCACCCCGGGCACAGCCGGCACCGCCGCUGAGGGCACCCUGCUCCUGAGCCUGGGCUUCGAACCACCUCGCUCCCUAAGGUCCAUCCUGCUGGAGCUCCCUGCUCCUUCCUGAAUCCAAAGGGUGAGGGGCUCCAUGUGAGAGAUGUCCCGGUGACUGUUGUGCUGGAGCGUCACCCGUCCUGCUCUUUAGUGAUUCCCAUCCCGUAGCGUCCCGUCUGGGACUUCCACUUCCCUGUGGCUCAGCCCUUGGAAUGCUGUGCCCUGUGGAACGGGAAGGCCCCCAGGCAGUUCCUAACCCCUGGGAGUGGCUCUGGUGCUAACAAAGCUGUCUUUUCAUACUGACUCUGGUGUUGUUCAGAUGGGGGGUGACUUUUCUAGCCCUGUUGCCUAUAUUAGGUUCUAUGUGUAUAUAUAUUUUGCAGUGUUACAGUACAAUAUGGAAAUAUGGCCUUACUAGCCUUUACACUUUAUCCACAAUUGUAAAUAAGCAUUUGUUUAAUACAGGUGAAGAUAUAUACAGAAAAUUCAAAACUUGAAUUCUAUAAAAAACAAACCCUUGUGUAGAAAAUUCUGAUAAAUGUGAAAGUAUUUAGCUCUGUGCAUUGAGAGUAGUAUAUUUUUAUCUGUGCAAUGCUGUGUGCAGGCCACCAGCUCAUAAGACAUUUCCUAUAUAUACAUUUUGAGUGGUUUGAAAUUCUUUACUCAGGAUCUUUGACACUCUGAAGAAUUAGUAGUUUGUCAAUCUGCAUGCUUGUUGGAGAACAGAGCGUUUAAAAGCCAAUUAGCAGACCCCCACAGCCCAGUAGUAUCAGUUCUAGUGGUAUAUCUGAGCUGUUACUCUCUCAUGCUCCCUGAUUUCAUUAAAGUAUUUGAUUUUCUAUUAAAUUUA